AUGGAUCGCGUGACCAGAUACCCACUCUUCAGCAACCCCCACUCGGCACGGGCCACCAGCUUGGUGCUGGACGAAAACACGAGCUACACCGUUGAGCUGGUGGGCGUCGGGCCCGAGGCUAGCUGGAGCCAGGGUGACCUGCAGGCCUGGUCCGCUGAGUACCAGACCCGGCCAGACGUAAAGAGAACAAGUGUGUCCUCCACCAGACGAGUCUUCCUCAGCCAGCCGCCCCCGAGGUCGCUGUACCUGGAGGAUGAGGACGAAGAGAUGAAGGCAUACCACCUGGACGAAACCAGCACUGCCCUCUACAGCCCACCCAGGGACCUGAAGGCCGAGCGCUCGGCGGUCAUCCACAGCCAGGCAAUCAGGAAGGGCGGCACAGUGGCUACACCCCAGGGAGAGCCCAGGGCGGCUGGCCAGCCCCGGCCCACGUCCACUGAGGAGAUCUUGGUGGACACAGAGCAAAUCGAUUUCCUGGCUGCUCGACAGCAAUUCCUGAGUUUGGAGAAGGCAAACACGAACCCAGUCACUUGUAGUCCCACAGUCAGGGAGACCUUUGCGGGUACCCCACCAGGGGUCAGCCAGGUCCCCAAAGCCUCCACCAGGCCCCGCCUAGCCAACGGCUACGCCAUUCCUGUCACCACGUCACCGGUGAAGGAGGUGACUUUGGAGAAGACUGUCCCAGUUUCCCCAGCUGGGUCCAUCCGUGCAGCCAAUGACCCUGGCCACUGGACCCGAGCCGAGUCCCCUGAGACCCCCAAAGAGACACCCAUCGAAAGAGAGAUCAGACUAACCCAGGAACGUGAGGCAGAGCUGCGGGAGCAGAGAGGGCUUGGGCGGGCCGCCAGGCAUCAAGACCUGGUCCAGAUUCCCAGCAGGCCACUGCUCAGCAAGGUAAGCCUAACGGAGCCGCCAGCGCGCAGGGACAGGGGCCGCCCGUCCCUCUACGUGCAGAGGGACAUGGUGCAGGAGACACAGCGCGAAGAAGACCAUCGUCGGGAGGGUCUGCAGGUGGGCAGGGCGUCCACACCCGACUGGCUCUCCCAGGACCCUCAGCCUGGGCUCCAGAGAAGCCUGAGCUCCGACUGCAUCCUCAGCCCAGACGCCCGAGCCACAGACCCGGCUCCAGAGGCAAGAAAGGUCAACCGAAUCCCACUGGAUGCCUAUCAGCCGUAUCUGGGCCCGGGGACCCCCAAAAUGGAAUUCUCAGCCUUUGGAGUAUACAGCAAGCCAAAUGGUGUCUCCACAGAGGACACCAAAGCCGUGGCCUUCCAGAAGGCCACAGAGUCUCCGAAGCGUGUCUCAGAGUGCUCUAAAAGGUCUCCGAGCUCAAAACAAGAGCACUCAAAGGCCCCUGAGCAGCCCCUGCGUGCCAAUGUGGGUACCGUGAGAUUAGAGAAUUUCCGCCUGCGCCCACUGCGCUUCGGCGUCCCAGAUGUCCCCCAGAAGGCUGAGACCUCCCACAGCUGGGGCUGGGAGGUGGCCGGAGGCCCAGCGCUGAGGCUGCAGAAGUCACAGUCUUCUGACCUGCUGGAAAGGGAGGUGGAGAGCGUCCUGCGGAGGGAGCGAGAGGUGGCCGAGGAGCGGAGGAAUGCCUUCUUCCCAGAGGUGUUCUCCCCCGUGCAGGACCAGGAUGAGCAAGACUCCCGGAGCUCCUCCCGGGCAUCUGGCAUCACCGGCAGCUAUUCGGUGUCGGAAUCACCAUUAUUCACCCCCAUCCAACUGCAUUCUGGCCUGGUGUGGAAGGUGCAGGAGCCUGGGGACAGUGCUCCGGGACAGAAGACAAGGAAGGAGGCGUGGUAUGCAGGUAUCAACCCUUCAGACGGUGUCAACUCAGAGGUCCUGGGAGCCACGCGGGUAACGAGGCACAAGAAUGUCUUGGCGGAACGCUGGGAGGCACGCAUCUAUGCCAGCGAGGAUGAAGACUGA